UGCAUCGGCAAAGCCCUACUACUCAGUCUCUUCGCCUUCUUCUUUGUUUCUACUUUCUACUGUGUAGCCUUAGCCGAAGAGGAGAGAGAAAUAGAGAAUGACCAAGUUCAGGAAGCUAGGGCGCCCCACGGGGCACCGCAUGUCCUUGCUCAGAACAAUGGUUUCGCAGCUGGUGAAGCACGAGCGCAUUGAAACCACUGUUGCCAAGGCGAAAGAGAUUCGACGUCUAGCCGAUAAUAUGGUCCAACUAGGGAAAGAGGGCUCUUUGUGUGCUGCUAGGCGUGCUGCUGCUUUUGUGCGAGGAGAUGAUGUCCUUCACAAGUUAUUUACAGAACUGGCCUACCGAUACAAAGAUAGAGCAGGUGGAUACACAAGAUUGCUUCGGACUCGUAUAAGAGUUGGUGAUGCUGCACCAAUGGCUUAUAUUGAGUUUGUUGACAGAGAAAAUGAACUGAGACAAUCUAAACCCCCAACACCUCAACCACCCCAAAGACCGCCUAUGGAUCCAUGGACAAGAUCCAAGCUGUGCAGACAGUAUGCUCCUCCAAAAGAAGAAAAAAGCUCCGAGGAUGAGAAAUGACUACAAGCUUUUGGAGUUCAUUUUUCAUACCCUAUAUGGAAUAGCUUCCGUUUCUUGGAAUUAUAAACUACAAUGUUUCGAGUGAAAGGAUUUCAUUGUAAUUCUGAAAUUCUCAUCCAUUUUCAGAUGUUUAAUAAGCAUUUCAAUUGCGCGAUGUGUAUGCCCAUUUAUUCAUUCCACGUAGCUUCGAAGUUAAGGGCUUAUAAAGGAUCAGACGGAUCAGAAAGGCCUAACCAAAGUGUCGUUUUCUGCUUCCUCCUGAGUUUGGCCGAAUCUAUCAAAAGAAGCCAUUAUCAGGCCAUAGCACAUAAGAGGUUAGGAGUGCAUGGUCAACCGGAAACUGUCCACCUCUAUUGGCGGGUUCAACCUGCACCGCCCAACAAUUAGUGGGUUAUGAUGUGAUUCCGCCAUGGCGGGACUGAUUGGGUGGGUAGAGCAGUUUGCAGAGGGAGUGCUUCUGUUGCUAAAUUAUAAUUU